UGAAGGCUUAAAUUCAAGGCAAAGAUGGGUUACAGGACGGUGGUGAUGUACAUGGAGAUUGGCUGCUUCGUGGUUUGCGUAUCCGGCUGGAUUCUAGUUUGUUCUACCAUGCCUACAGAGAUCUGGACUUGGUCUGAGGUGGGCAGCAUUGUCUUGACUACUUCAAACUACUUCUCCAACCUGUGGAAGGAUUGCAUUUCAGAUUCAACUGGAGUAUCGGACUGCAAGGGAAUCCCAUCGAUGCUGGCUCUGCACUGGGAAAUUCACUUCUGCCGUGCCCUCAUCAUCAUCGCUAUUAUACUGUCUUUCUUUGGAUCAAUUCUGGUCUUAGUGGGAAUGAAGUGCACUAAAAUCGGAGGGACAGAAAUUGUUAAUGCAAGGGUAACCUUUGCUGGGGGGAUGAACUACCUUAUUGGAGGGAUGUGUGCUAUGAUUGCUUUCUCGUACUAUGGACACAAAAUUGUAUCAGAAUUUAAGGACCCAUUGUACAAGGAGCAGAAGUUUGAAAUAGGUGUUGGUGUCUUCAUUGGCUGGGGAGGCUCUACCUUACUCGUUUCUGGAGGCCUUAUUUACAGUAUCUUUGCAGGCUGGGAAGGGUGCAAAUCAAGCAAACCUGAGAGAUAUCCCGCCUACCAGUACCCUGAGGCCUACACAGCUGUUCCAACAAAAAAGAGCAUUGCAUCAUCGGUUUCUUCGGGGAGUAGUGAGAGCAGAAAAUCUAAGACCACCAGCGGCAGCAGAGCCAGCAGCAUCUCUGCAAUCACAGAUGCCACCAGGACCACAGCUACGAAUGCAUAUGUGUGA